AUCGUAGAAAGUGGGCUCCGGCGCUUCAGCUCCACAGACCUGCUAACUGAUGCUGUGAUGACUUUUCUGUCAGAUCUCAUUGCCUGACACAAACAACCACAGGCACAACUUGAAACUCUAGCGUAUGGCGUCCACAUCAGCGUCUGCGCUCGUGCAGGAGCUAGAUGAUACACCCGACGUGCUCACAUGGCUCAACGAUACGCUUACACCACAGGACAACCAUGUUCCGCUUGCUGCUCUGGAAUCCCUACUGGCGGACCUGCUGACCGCCACAGACCUCUCAGCAGUAACAACUUCCGCCACACUCGAGCACACGAUCGAUGAGGUGUCGCGCACCGCUCCCCGUCUCACGUACGACCUUCAUUUCAUGCGUGACGGUGCUCUUUCCCUACACUCUGCUCUCGCUACCGUCACUGCCCGCAUUCCAGCAGGAACAGGCACUUCUGCUGCUCUCGACAAAUUGCAGACUCUUGACACUGCAAAACGACGGAUGGAGGCUGUGAGGGAUGUGCUACGUGAGGCAGAGUCGUGGUCCAGCUUAGAGGCAGAGGUUAUUGCAUUGCUGACGGAGCGUGCAUAUGACAAGGCUGCUGAGAGAUUGAACGAGGCUAGCAGGAGUAUGCCUGUAUUUGCAGGAACCCCGGAAUACGAGCCCCGUCGUGCGCUGAUGGUGUCCCUUCAAAACCAACUCGAAGCUGCCCUCAGUUCCGCGUUGGUUGGCGCAAUCAACUCGGGCGAUACGGCGAUUUGUAGAAACUUUUACGGGAUAUUUUCUAACAUACAGAGGGAGAGUGAGUUCAGGAACUAUUACUUUGGCUCUCGGAGAGCAGGGCUGGUUGCUUCGUGGCAGAGCGAGGUGUUGGAAGACACGGAGCCGUCAUUGCCUGCGCUGCCGAAACAGACGUUCAACGCCUUCUGGGCGACUUUUUGUACCAGUUUCCUGGCUGUCCUCAAUGCAGAACGCACGUCUAUUCCUGCCAUAUUUCCUGAUCCUCAAAUCACGCUCUCGACGUUCAUCACUUCCACUUUAUCCACACUACAGCCUUCGUGUCCGCAACGCCUUGCAUCCCUCUUCAACACCGCCGGUUCAUCUGCUCUCAAGGAUGUCAUAGCCAUCUACAAAACGACAGAGGAGUUCGCGGCGAGCACAGACAAAAUCAUGGAGAAAAUACAGUUCUCUGUUAUCCCUACGGACAGCACUUUGGAGCCUCCGAAGCACACACGCCGCCGCUCCAUGCGUAUGUCCAUGUCCUGGCGCUCAAAUUCAGCAACGAACUUCUCACGGGCCCAACACUCUACACUCAAUGAUGAACUUGAUUGGGACCAAACGCUCUUUCAGGCGUUUCUCGACUUCCAGGUUGAGUACGGCACACUGGAGCGGCGCCUCCUCUCUGAUGAGCUCGCUUUUCCCUCUACACUCACUCCUAACAAGAACCCAAGCACUGAUCGGGCUCGCCUUCUUCGCGAGCGCGCGGUCGAUGUGUUUAGUGCUGCAGAGGAAAGCCUCGUACGAUGCAUGUCAUUUACUUAUGGAUAUGCUGCUCCUGGACUUAUCUCCGCGUUGGAUACGGCUCUCGCGUCAUUUGUUGACUCUUGGACCCAAUCUCUGACCGCAAAUCUAACUGCUCCUUCAACUGCUCAUGUGGAAUCCGAAGAUGACCUCGCGGAUCUGGAUUACUCCCCGCAGGACUGGAGCAACAUUCAACUUGUCUUACACCUCCUCGCUUCUACAAGAGCCGUGCUUGACCGACUUGGGACAUUUGAGGGCAAGCUGCGAGCUGCACUCGUACAAAUCGCCACGGCGUUUCGGCUGGCACAACACGAAGGCGGUUUGUAUACACCUUGUGCAACUAAGGGUGCUAGUUUGCUCCUUGCGCAGUCCCCUCUGAAUAGCGCAGCUUUGCACACUCUCUUAUCCUCUGCGGAAUCCCAUCCCCCUAUUCCACUCCUCACCACAACACGCGCAUCCAUUGCGUCCCUUGCCAGGGCCCUUCAGUCAUCACUCCAGCAUACCCUUCUUGCCCCUUUACAUGCGCAUCUCUCACCCUAUGCAUCCCUUGCCCUCUGGGCGGCACCGGGUGAUCCCAAAUCUAUGCGCACGGCCAGCGACCUGCACGUGCCUGUGUUUUCGCUUUCCCCCAGUGAUACCGUACAGCACGUUGCUGAAGGGCUGUUAAAUCUCCCGCGGCUCUUUGAAGUGUAUGCAGACGACGACGCGCUGGGCUUCUCACUCAACACACUCCCGAAUGUUGAUGAAGCAUAUCUGAGUGGUCUGGGUGAAACGCAAUCCCCUGAGCUUGGACACAACCGACGAGCUUCGCUCGUCAUGCCUUCCAAGUCGGUAGUGCUGAGCCCGGAGGCAGUUGCAGCAGCCUGGCUGUCAUCCCUCGGACAUUCUAUCUUAUCACAUCUUACCAGCAACGUCCUGCCAAAAAUCCGUACGCUUUCCGUCGCAGGCGCGGCACAGCUCUCAUCGGAUCUUGGGUAUCUGUCGAAUAUCGUGAGGGCACUCAAUGUUGAGUAUGAGGAAUUGGAUAGGUGGAAAGAGUAUGUGGGGAUGAACAACGAAGAAGGAAAUCGGGUGGUUGGGGAGAAAAUACCUGGUGAUCAGGUCUUAGCGCUAGUGGCGAAGAUGAGAGGGUGGACGUGAUGACAAUUGAUGGGGUCUUUUUGCUUUUGGUCUUAGUUAGACAUGCUUAGGUUCAACUGGAUACGCCUCAGAGACAAAAUUCAGCUGAAGUGUACAAAGAACAAGGUGGAAUUAGAGUAUCAGUGUCGAUCUACACUGAACAUAUACGUAUGCAUCCAGGAGGGCAUUAUCAUAUUGUGAUGCCCUAAGCCUGGUUCGAAUUCGUAGUUCCUGAGUAUGACAUUUCCUAGUGUAGCUGAAAUUGUAGUGAUAUU